CGGGCGCUGCGGGCGGGCGGCGCAGACGCGGGGAGGGUGCAAGGAGUGGGUGGGACCUCUGCGCCCGGGCCGCCUCCUCUGGGAACAAACACUGCAAGCAGGCUCCUAGGCUCGACACGCCUUCCACCAGCUCAGGUGCCUCUUGCCCGCUUGCUUUCGAUCCCCGGCCUCACGUCGCCUCCAAAUGGACCCCAACUGUUCCUGCGCCACUGGCGGCUCCUGCGGCUGCGCUGGCUCCUGCACCUGCAAAGCCUGCAGAUGCGCCUCCUGCAAGAAGAGCUGCUGCUCCUGCUGCCCCGUGGGCUGCGCCAAGUGUGCCCAGGGCUGCGUCUGCAAAGGGGCCUCGGACAAGUGCAGCUGCUGUGCCUGAUGUCGCGGAGAGCCUGCCCCGGGUGUCAACAGAGCAACCAGGACAAACCUGCAUUUUACCGUUUUUCAUACAACCGGACCUGACGCUACAUUCCUUUUUCUAUGAAAUCUGUGACUUGUAAUAAAAGCUGUUGACUUUA